CCGGCUCGCUGGCGAAGACCUAUCUGCUGCCAGCGAAGCACCGAAGCCCGCCCUAGGACGCGCUCACGUGGCCGUGACGCGAGAAGCCUCCGCUUAGCGUGAGAUCCAAUCGACGCGUCGCGCUCGAAUCGCAGAUCCUCGGCCACUGCCGCAUCCAGCCACCUCCGCCCCCGUUGAUUCACCGGCCUGUCUCCCACGCCCCGCCAGCAGGACUGGUGAGCGUGGCGGCAGCCUGCAGGGAGUCUCUGAGUUGGACGUUAUAGCGACGCCUCCAGAUACUUAUGCAAGUCGUCCUAGGUACCGUCCGGCUUGGAUGUUGCUACUUCUAUUCUGUUGCUACGGCCGCAUCACUAUGCCCAGGUCCUAUCGCGCCUUCCCCGCCACUUCAGCAGCCAAUACCCCAGGCUCUAGUCUUUGCCGCUCUCCGGUACGUGGCCUAUCGCACCCUAGCAAUGGCACCAAUCGGCCUACUCUUGACUUCCCUACAUCGAUGUAUACCGCGCGAUUGCUGGACGAUCAGCAGAGACGUCUUUGCAUCCCCGUUUACAGUAGCCCGCCGCCAAGCAACCGCGCUCACGCACAGAUGCCGCAUCCGCGCAAUCUUGCAUCCUGAACGGCUUGUUGCGGCCUAUAAAUCCACAGUUCAUCAUCAUCAUUGGCAUCCUGAACGUUCUACUUUGGUUCUACUUCCCAUGAUCCUGUCAAGUACAUAAGACCGGCCUACAGGUGCCGCAAAUCACGAUGCUGCAUUUCGCUGCCAAUCCGUAUCUGCGAAUGACGAUUCGUAAGAAGGUGCAUUGUCAGUACCCCCGCCGUUCUGUUCUUCCACCCUCAAGCUC